AUCUAUCUCAUUGGUCUGUAGAGUUGUGGUUUCUGUUUCAUUUCCAGAGCUCAAAGUUUCAUUUCUCUAGCUUCCAGUUGGAAAUUGAAGUUCUGGAUUGGUACCUGAGCAGAAGUGUGAGGAGUCAGGACAGUCAUACACAGGAUCACAGCAACUAUGGCUUCACAAUUCAUGAUGAAUUUAAAGGAGGAGGUGACCUGUCCUAUUUGUCUGAACCUGAUGGUGAAACCUGUGAGUGCAGAUUGUGGUCACACCUUCUGCCAAGGUUGCAUCACGGUGCACUUUGAAUCCAUCAAAUGCGAUAAGGAAAUGUUCAUUUGCCCUGUGUGCCGACUUACUUACCAGUUUAGCAAUCUGAGGCCUAAUCUACAUGUGGCCAACAUAGUAGAGAGGCUCAAAGAGUUCAAGCCCAGCCCGGAAGAGGAGCAAAAAGUGUUUAACUGUGCAAGACAUGGAGAGAAACUCCAGCUCUUCUGUAGGAAGGACAUGAUGGCUAUCUGCUGGCUUUGUGAGCGAUCUCAGGAGCACCGUGGUCACAAAACAGCUCUCAUUGAAGAGGUGGCCCAGGAGUACAAGGAGCAGCUGCAGGUAGUUCGGCAAAGGCUGAUGGCAGAUAAGAAAGAAUUUGAAAACUGGAAAGAUGAACUUCAGAAGGAUAGAACUUACUGGGAGGCAAGUGGGGACCCUGGUGUGGAGAACAUCAUAAAACGGAGUCAUACUUUUUCUAUGAUGAAGCCCAAAACCAUCCCCAGGGAACAAAGAAGAAUGUUCCGAGCCCCUGACCUGCAAGGCAUGCUGCAAGUGCUGCAAGAGGUCACAGAGGCUCAACGCUACUGGGUUCAGGUGACCCUGGUUCAAAACAACAAUCCAAACAUUGCCAUUACUGACGACAAAAGACAAGUACGAUAUGAAGACCACCAAGCAAGGAAUCUUGAACAUGGGUGUGAAAACUCUCAUGAAGGCGUCCUGGGACACCCAGUUAUCCAAUCAGGAAAACAUUACUGGGAAGUAGAUGUGUCUGGUAAAGGUGCUUGGGUUCUGGGGUUAAGUGAUGGAAGCUACCUCUUCUGUCCAAUAUUUCAUUCAAAUGCUGAAAGAAACCCUUUAUUUUGUAGGGGGAUUAAGAAUGAUUCACAUUAUCAACCAAAAUAUGGCUUCUGGGUUAUAGGGCUGUGGAAAAAGUCUGUGUAUAAUGCUUUUGAGGAGUGUCCUUUCACAGGCAAGCCCAGUGUCUUGACCCUGUCUCUGAUGGUCCCGCCCUGUCGUGUUGGUGUUUUCCUUGACUAUNCAGCUGGCACUCUCUCAUUUUACAAUAUUUCCAACAAUGGGACUCUUAUCUACAGAUUCUGUACAGCUUCCUUUCCUGAUAGGGUUUUUCCAUAUUUUAAUCCCACGGGAAGUUCAGAGCCGAUGACAAUAUGCUGGCCAGACUCUUAACAUUUGCCUGUUUAUGUGCAGGGUCUCUGGCUCUGAUAUGUAUGUCCAUAUGCCUGAGCUCAUCGGUACCAUUUUUUUCUCUUUUUUUCCCUUACUCUAGUCUUUCUGUGUGAAUGUCUUUCAUUGGUAGAAAAGGAUAUAUUCNUUUCUCUAGGUCAGAUUCUUCUCAGUUUCUUUCAGUUUUGUUUUGUUUUAGGUGAGAAUAGUAAAUCACUUCCCAUUUAGUCAAGGAAAAGUGCCUGAGUGCUCAGUGUGUAAGAUAACACUGCUGCAAAGUUCUUCUCUUAUUCUUCACGCCAGAGAUCGAAGCCAAGGCCUUGUUCAUGGUGAGGAGGUGCUCCACUCCUGAGGAGGUGCUCCACACAGAGCUAAUUACCUCAGCUCUGUCAGGUCUCUAUAACUUCAUCCUGCCCAUCAAUGAGAGAAGAUUAAAGAAAAUUCUUCAACAUCUUGUCCAUUCAUUCUGAAAAUUAUAUGUAGGAAUCUGUGGUUAAGAAAUGCACCCUUAGCUGUAGGCCAGUUUUACCAGAUGCAUCUUCAUCAAAGAAUGAAGGAGAAGCAUCACAAUGAGGCACACUGUUUUCUUGCUCAGGCAUCAUGUGUNCCCAAAGUAGAAUGAUCAGGGAAGGUUAAUAUGGCCCCUGCUCAUGGAUGACAUGCGAGUUUAUGAAGCAUUCCAUAUUUUUGAAGAGCAUUGAUAGUCUAAAUCAUGUUAGAGAGGAGGGAGGGGGAAUGAAAGGAAGGAAGGAAGGAAGGAAGGAAGGAAGGAAGGAAGGAA